CUGUCCGCAGUCUCUUGGUCAUCCCAUGCACUGUCCGCAGUCUCUAGGUCAUCCCCUGUACUGUCUGCAGUCUCUAGGUCAUCCCCUGUACUGUCCGCAGUCUCUGGUCAUCCCCUGUACUGUCUGCAGUCUCUAGGUCAUCCCAUGCACUGUCCGCAGUCUCUAGGUCAUCCCCUGUCAUCCCCUGUACUGUCCGCAGUCUCUGGUCAUCCCCUGUACUGUCCGCUGUCUCUGGUCAUCUCCUGUACUGUGUCCGCAGUCUCUGGUCAUCUCCUGUACUGUGUCAGCAGUCUCUGUUCAUCUCCUGUACUGUGUCCACAGUCUCUGGUCAUCUCCUGUACUGUGUCCGCAGUCUUUGGUCAUCUCCUGUGCUGUGUCCGCAGUCUCUGGUCAUCCCCCGUACCGUGUCCACAGUCUCUGGUCAUCCCCUGUGCUAUGUCCGCAGUCUCUGGUCAUCUCCUCUACUGUGUCCGCAGUCUCUGGUCAUCUCCUGUACUACAUCCGCAGUCUCUGGUCAUCCCCCGUACCGUGUCCGCAGUCUCUGGUCAUCCCCUGUGCUAUGUCCGCAGUCUCUGGUCAUCUCCUGUACUGUGUCUGCAGUCUCUGGUCAUCCCC